CAAAAUGAGGGGGGGGGGUAUGGAAUGAAAGUAGGACAUACUUUCCUUUUUAAUUUUUAAAAAAAAAUUGGCAGCAGAUCGGGUAAUUGAUGUCCACACUCUCAUUCUCUCUCUUCCUCUCUCUUUCAAACACUCAUCUCUUCUCCCAAUCCUCUCUUAUCUUCUUCCCACCCUCACUUAAACCCCCCUUCUCUCUCUUUUUUAAGAUUAAACCCCUCUUUUUUUCUCUCUCCUCUAAAUUGCUUUGUUCAACUUUCUGUAUUUUAUUUUACAUAAUAAUAAUAAAAAAAAAAAUAGAGGGUCAAAAAAAAAAAAAAAAAACAACCCAAAACCUUUUUUAUUUUUCUCUCUCCGACCAAAUUCCAUCAUCAUCAACUCCCAAAACCCAGAUCUUCUGUGCAAUUAAUUUAGGAUUUAGGAAUUUAGAACAACCCCUUUUCCCUUUUUUUUUUUUAUUUAUUUUUUAAAAAUUACUAGGUAAAAAAAAAAAUGGAGUUCGAAGAUGAACACGAUGAAGAGCAAGAGGAGGAAGAAGAAGACGAAGAGGAAAUUACCAUACAACCCCCAGCUGCAGCUGUAGUAGUCCCACCGAGUUACGACCCAAUUGGGGGUAGUGGUGGAAAUUCAGCUCCGAGUCGACCCCGAGUUAGCUCAGCGAGUGGAGGUGGAGGAGAGAGAAGAUCCGUAGUUGUAAGGUACAGAGAAUGCUUAAAAAACCACGCUGUUAACAUCGGUGGCCACGCCGUAGACGGCUGCGGUGAGUUCAUGGCGGCAGGCGAGGAAGGCACUUUAGACGCGCUAAAGUGCGCUGCCUGUAACUGCCACCGUAAUUUCCACCGCAAGGAGACCGACAUCAGCGGCGAUAAUAUAACAUCGCCGAAUACGGGUCCGUCUCCAGCGGUGGCACCUCCGGCACCUGCGGGUACAAUGUACCCGCAAUUCUCGGGGUAUUACCGGACCCCGCCGCCUCCGGGGUCCGGGUAUCACCACCACUACCGGCCCCUCGCUGUGCUACCGUCAACAUCGGGUGGGACACAUAGUGGGGACAUGGGGGAUGAUAUGUCCCACCCGAGUAGCAGCGGGGGCGAGGGGAGGCGGGAAAGCGGUAGUGGAGGUGUAGGUGGUGGAGGAAGUGCAAUGAUGAUGGUACCCAAAAAAAGACACAGAACAAAAUUUAGUCAAGAACAAAAGGAUAAGAUGCUUGCAUUUGCUGAGAAAUUGGGUUGGAGAAUUCAAAAACAUGAUGAAACUGCUGUACAACAAUUCUGUGCUGAAGUUCAAGUUAAGCGUCAAGUGCUCAAAGUUUGGAUGCAUAACAACAAGCAUACUCUUGGUCACGGUUUUUGUUGCUCUUCAUUUCAUUGGCUAAGUAAAGAUACUUCAACUUUAUUCCUUCUUUUUUCUAGGCUUUGAGAUUAGUUUCUUUUAAUUUUUUGGCGGAGUAAGUGGAUCGAGGCGUUAUUCAAACGGGGUGAUGAGGUAAAGUAGUAAUUUCUAUUGUACAACUGAACCAUGGCUAUUUUUUAUGCUCAUUAUGGGGGUUUGAGGAGCGAACCAUUGGACCAAGGAUUUGGGUGUGGACAUACAUCCUGACUGAGGUAAUAUUAACUAGUAAGGCCAAAAAAAUAAAUAAAAACUGAAGGGGUAUGAGCAAAUCAAGUAUUCAACUACUACUGAAUUUAGGGAAAGAGCACAUUUGCUCUUUCGUGUUUGGUUGCUUCAUUUCUACGCCCGUUACUUGUUUGGUUUAACUCUCAUUAAUUAUCUUUCUUUUCUUUUCUGUUUUGCCUCAAUACUUCCUCCUGCACUUCCCACUUCAGCCUUUGUUUGUAUGCCUUUUAUUUCUGCUUUCUUCAGCUGUUACUUUGCUUCUACCCCUCCUCCCCAGCCCCGUUUAUUCAUGUAGUGAUAAAUCAAUCUCUGGGAUCGGUAAUUGUCCGAUCUCUUGACAUAUGUUCAUAGAUUAAUAUGGGUUUGUUUUUGGAACAUUAACAUCUUCAAAAUGAUGACUUUUAUUAUAUAGCUCAUCUUGUGAAAGAAUUGGUUCUCUGAAUCUAGAGAGUGCAUAGCAUUGAGUAGAUGAUUAGGCCAUGUUUUUUACUUAUGC